AUGUCUGCCCAUCUCGCCGCGCCGCCCGUCCUGUCGACUCCCGACGACCAUAUGCUCGAGGCUCCGGCCGAGGCCGCCCCUCGAUCGACGCUGUCGGACAAGGCGCUGCGGACCACGUACGACGUUGCCCGCACGGCAGCUGAGAUUCGUGACGGGAGCUGGACCCGGAUUGCCCUGCAGUUCCCCGAUCACAUGCUCGUCGAUGCGCCCAGAGUCGUCGAACACGAGCUACAGCGCCUGCUGCGUCGAUGA